AUGCCGCCCAAGGGCUUCAAGAAAUCGGCGCCUGCACCGCCAAACAAGACUCUCGUCAUAGACAAUGGCGCAUACACCAUCAAGGCCGGCCUAGUGCCAGUCGGCGCCGAGCCCACGUACGGCGACUGCAGCGUCAUGCCCAACUGCAUCGCGCGUAGCACGCGUGACCGAUGCACCUACGUGGGCGCCGAGCUCGACUCGUGCAGGGACUUUGGCGAGCUGGCGUUCCGGCGGCCCGUGGAAAAGGGCUUCAUCGUCAACUGGGAGGCGGAAAAGGCCAUCUGGGAGCACGAGUUUAUGGGCGAGACGGCGGGGGAGGGGCUGAGGUGCGACCCCAAGGAGACGAAUCUGCUGCUGGCCGAGAAGCCAAACUGCCCCAGAGAGCUGCAGAAGAACUGCGACGAAAUCGUGUUUGAGCAGUUUGAGUUUGCCGCAUACUACAGAUGUGUCGGCGCGACGCUGAAUGCAUACAACCGUCCUGCUGCGUCGUCGUCGUCGUCGUCGCUAUCAUCGCUGCCGCAAGAGUGCCUCCUGGUCAUCGAUACGUCCUACUCGGAUACCACCAUCCUUCCUCUCUACAACGGCAAGCUGGUGCAAUCGGCUGUGCGACGGCUGACGGUGGGCGGGAAGCUGCUCACCAACUACCUCAAGGAGCUGUCUUCGCUGCGCCACUACAACAUGAUGGAGGAAACAUACCUGCUCAACGAGAUCAAGGAGGCCGUCUCGUAUGUCGUGCCGUCGUCAGAGCACUUUGCCCGCGACCUGGAGCGCACGUGGAAAGGCCGACUGGGGGCCAAACGGGAGGUGGAUUCGAGCAUCGUGGUCGACUACGUGCUGCCCGACUACGAGAACGCGAUACAUGGCCAUGCGCGCCCGCAUGACGCUGCAAAGUCGCGCAUGCGCCGCGGGCUGCAGCCACUGCAGGGGCCGAGGGAGGACCUGCUGCCGCUAGGCAAUGAGCGCUUUGCGGUGCCCGAGCUGCUCUUCAACCCUUCGGAUAUUGGCAUCCAAGAGGUCGGCCUGCCCGGCGCCAUCAUGGAGUCGUUGAGCGGGCUGCCGGAAGCACUGAAAGUCGGCCUGCUGGCCAACAUUGUCGUCGUGGGGGGGAAUUCGCUCAUCACUGGGUUCAUAGAGCGCCUGGAGAACGAGCUGAGGGCCCUCGUUCCCAUGGAGUACGUGUUGAAUGUAGUCAGGGCCGACGACCCGAUCAAGCACACAUGGCUGGGGGGAGCGCAUUAUGCCAGCCAGCCACACUUGAAGGACGUGCUGGUGACAAAGGCAGAGUACGACGAGCGGGGGUCGGCGUGGGUGGUGAAGAAGUUUGCCUGA